GUCUGUCAUUGUUGACAGUUUGACAUGCUUAACGCCACGUGCUUGAAACAAACAUUUUUUUUUAAUUUUGAUAAACAAUAUGAGUUUUUCGGUUUGUAAUAAUGAUAUCGUGCUUUGUAGUGGUGAAAAUAUUGUUGUCUACAAUAUUGAAAAAAAUGAAGAAAAUAUCAUUACUCUUCCUAGAUUAAAUAAUCUCCAAGAAAAUAAUACUCAUAAUAACGAAGAAAUUGAAGCAUUUCAUACAUUGAUGAGUGUUAAUUUUUCAAAAGACGGUGAAUAUUUGGCUGUCUGUACAAAUCGAAAACAACUUUGUCUGUAUAAAAGAAGAGAACUUGAAAUUGUCUCCAACAGAUGUUUAGUUCGUGCUGCAAGUAAAGUUUGUUUUACAAAAAGUAAUGAUAUCGUUGUUGCUGACAAAUCCGGCGAUGCAUAUUUAUUUUCCACCUCUAAACCCAUGGAAAAUGGAAAACUUCUUUUAGGACAUCUCUCUAUGCUUUUGGACAUUUUGGUAACUUCGGACGAAAAGUACAUCAUUACAGCAGAUAGAGAUGAAAAAAUACGAGUCUCAAAAUAUCCGAAUUGUUAUAAUAUUUCUGCCUAUUGCUUGGGACAUAAAAAGUACGUGAAUAACGUAGUGGAAUUACCACAUCAGCGUGAAAUUUUAAUUUCUUGUGGUGGCGAUGGUCAGUUCAUAUUCUGGAAUUACAAAAGUGGAAAAGAAGUUUACCGUUUUCCAUUUGAACAUAAUUUACAAGAUGCGGAUGUCAAGAAAUUUGAGAAACUUUUAGAAGAAAUGAAUGUUGAAGAAUCCAUAGCCCAUUUUCCAGUGAAGCAAAUGCAAAUAGACAAUAUUGACAAUUCAACAUCAAUAAUUUCUAUUAGUUUUUUCUGUUGCACAACAGUGUUUAUUUACAGUGUAAAAGGAACGAAAGACACGAAUCUAACAAUGAAUUAUAUACAAGAAAUUAGCAUUAAAGAAGAGCCUUUAGAAUGUCUUUUGUAUAAAAAUCGACUUUGGAUUUUAACGAACGUGAAACUUGAUGUUUACAAAUUGAAGGAUAACGCUUUUUCCAAGGAUGAGGAAAUGAUGGGAAAAAUUUGCAAAUUAAACAAGGUGUGGGAAAAACUAAGAAGUGAUUCUUGUGAUAAAACUCUAUUUCCUAUUUUGUAUAAAAGAAAAUUUGACAAUGUACAAGAAUAUCAGGAGAAAAAAAAAUGUCGUUUAAAUGAAAAACAAUCGUUAGAGAAUUUUCCAUAAAGACUGUUUAUAAAGUUUAUAAAUUAAACGUGUAUAAUUGUAUAA